AUGCUUAAUAGUUUACUGCAACUCAUUGGCCUUAAAAAGGAGUGGCCGGUAUUUACUCUGGAUGAAGUGCGCCAACACAACGACCGCCUUUCAACUUGGAUUGUCGCGGGAAACUUCGUGUAUGAUGUCACCUCUAUCCUGGACACGCACCCUGGGGGCGCAAAUGCGCUCCUCCGUCGAAGUGGUGGUGUGAAGGACUGCACUGAGGACUUUUACUUUCAUAGUCGCGCUGCGCGGAGGACAUGGGACCACUAUAAGAUUGGUGAGUUGGACGCUAGGGAAUUCAUGGGGAUGACAGGUUACCCUACCUCUCUGACAGAAUCAAGAGACGAGGGUGUUACGCCGGAGGCCUCUCCUGUGAGCCACGCCUGUGCCAGUUGGGAAUGCGAUGGUGGCAAGAAUUGCUGCUGCACUAGUACUGUGGAAACAUGCGGGAGUACAUCUGAGCCUGUUCCAGAUCAUGUAUGUGGUGAGUGCCUGCACCGUUCCUUGGCACGGCGAGAGGUUCUUCCGAGAGCCCUGUAG